AUGAUUCUUUCUUUAUUUCUCAGUAACUUUUCUUUCUUUCUUUCUUUCUUUCUUUCUUUCUUUCUUUCUUUCUUUCUUUCUUUCUUUCCCAUUCACUUUUAUUUUAUCCUUUCUUUUUUCUGUAUUUCUUUAAUUCUUUAUUUCUUUACCAUCACAUUUAUUACUUUCAUUCUUUUUCCCUAUUCCCUGUCCAUUCUUUCUUUCUUUAUUAUUUCUUUCUAUUCCAUUUUUAAUUUCAAUCUUUCUUUCUUUCUUUUCUUCUUUCUUUCUUUCGCAUUCACUUUCAUUUCUUUCUUUCUUUACCAUUUAAUUUUUUCAUUCUUUCUUUGUUUCUUAUUUUCUUUCUUUCUUUCUUUCUUUCUUUCUUUCUUUCUUUCUUUCCUUCUUUCUUUCUUUUCUUCUUUCUUUCUUUCGCAUUCACUUUCAUUUCUUUCUUUCUUUACCAUUUACUUUUUUCAUUCUUUCUUUGUUUCUUAUUUUCUUUCUUUCUUUCUUUCUUUCUUUCUUUCUUUCUUUCUUUCUUUCUUUCUUGUUCAUUUUAUAUCAUUCUUUCUUUCUCAUUAA